UUUAGAAUUAUAAAUCAGAUUCUAGACUUUAAAAGUAUAUGUACAUAUUUUAGUUUUUGAACUCAGACGCAUAAUUAUUUUAUGUUUUGGUUAAACAAAAAAUCCGUAUUUAUAUAUAGGUGUAACAGUUCACUGAAUUGAUUUCGGUACAUUAUUGAACGCGAAAGUCAUAAGAACUCCUACAAGGGAACCUCUAUGACAUGCUAGAGGUAGCAGUCAAAUCUCUCAAAAUCACACCCCACCGUCUCAGAAAACGUGGCUCAUGAAAGAACGUAACCCUAGAUAUACAAAAAGAUGGGAUGGUCAUGGCUAGAAUGCCUUUACUCAUGUCUACUCGAUCAACUCUAACCCCGGGAAGAGAGCUAAUCCUAUUAAUUCCCAAAAUGGCAAAAUCUAAAAAGGAUGCACGUUCAAGAUCAAGAAGGAGAUCUACUUCCAGAAGUCGAAGUCGCAGUCGUACAAGGACUGCUGCAAAGAAAUCUGCAUCAGCCACAACAACACCAGUCCAGCGCAAAACGUCAUCUCAAACAGUUGCAAAGUCUCCUCCCAAAACUGAUCCUAUUCGGAUAUCAAGUCGAAUUGCAGCAAAGGAAGAAAAGAAAUUGUUUGUCGAAAAGUUAGAAACUGUCCAAAUCAAACAGAUCUCUGAAACCAAAACAAUUCCUGAUGUGAAGAUUGAAGAUGAAAAGAAAAUUCGGAAGACACCAAAGAAACAUAUUGGCAGUGUUUUGGGUGCCUUGUCUUUUAUAAUUUUAUUUCCACUCGCCACCUUUUACCUGGUUCUGCUGUGCCACAAGUAUCAGUGCAGUAUCACAAGUCUACCCAAAAUACCAAAGAACUGGAAAUAUUACUUUGACCCAUACUCUGCCAGUAUUGUUGUUGGUUGGUUCCUGCUUCAGUCAGUAUUAGCAAUCAUUCCAGUGGGAAGAAAAGUUACAGGACAGCCUUUACCAUCUGGUGGUCGUCUGACCUAUCGCUGUAAUGGUUUUUUUGCAUUGGUAGUUGUCCUUGCUAUGCUUGGACUUGCUCUCUACUUAGAGCUGCCAAUCACUUUUGUGUAUGACAAAUUAUUUUCAAUAGUCAUUACAUCAGCAAUUCUAGCUUUUAUUCUGAGCAUUGUAUUCUACAUCAAGUCCAGAUAUGCAUCACCAACAGCAAUUGCAGCUUCUGGCAAUACUGGUAAUGUAAUUCAUGAUUUCUUUAUGGGACACGAAUUGAAUCCUCGAAUUGGUCCUUUGGAUAUGAAAAUUUUGAAUUUCCGAAUGAGUUUUCUUACCUGGCUGAUGAUGGAUAUGUGCCUUGUUCUGAAAGCUAGCCAAGAUGAUGGUGGAAUUUCUCCCUCUAUUGCAAUUGUUACAAUCUUCCAACUUAUUUACAUUGCUGAUAUGCUCUGGUUUGAGGAAACACUCUUAGUCAGUAUGGAUAUUCUCCAUGAUGGCUAUGGUUUCAUGGCAGUUUUUGGCAAUAUGGUAUGGAUUCCUUAUGUUUACUGUAUUCAAGGACUUUACUUGGUGCGACAUAAAGUACUGCUUCCCUAUUAUAUAUUGGCUCUCAUUGCUGUGUUAAAUUUUGUUGGUUAUGUCAUUUACCGUGGAUCAACCUCUCAGAAAUAUGAAUUUAGAAAAGAUCCAUUCCAACUCAGCAUGGCCCAUCUUGAGAGUAUACCAUCAAUAAGUGGUAAACGCCUUCUCGUAUCGGGUUGGUGGAAACUUUGUCGCAAACCAAACUACUUGGGUGAUAUCAUCAUGUCUGUUGCCUGGUCUCUUACGUGUGGAUUUGGAAGUAUUGUGCCUUAUUUCUAUCCCAUCAUUUGUAUAACCUUCCUAAUUUUACGGGAGCGUAGAGAUUAUAAUCUCUGUAAGAAAAAGCAUGGCAUUAGCUGGGACCAUUACUGCAAUGCUGUUAAGUAUCGGAUCUUCCCUUAUAUCUACUAAAACCAAAACUAACCACCCUAGUGGUUCUACAAAGACUUUUUCCUCACAUUCUUUUAACUGCAGCAUUCAUUCACACUCUUUUCUAAAUAUUUUCUACAUCCUAUUAAUUAUUUUUCCCCAUUCCAUUCCUUUUUCAUGAUUUUAUAUGUACAUAAAACAAAAAGAACCACAUUUUCAUUACUUGUGUAUUUGUCUCCAUUACUGGGACUCAGGCAAUUUUUUUUUUUUUUAUAUAUGUACGUUUUUCAUAUAAAUUUGUUUUUAAUUUCAACCCAGUUCUUAUAACCCCUAAAUCAUGUUGUCAUUUCAACAAGGUCAAAGCAUUAUAGAUUAAGAAUAAGUGACUUAGUUACAGAUAUCAGUUGUAGCCAUUUCAAAUGUGUAUGAACAUCACUUGCUCAUUUACCCUCUUCCACAAAUAUUCCUUUGUGCAUCUAUCAAUAUUCAGUCAAUCCAGACAUUUUUGGUACACUUUUGUACCCUUUUAAAAUUCAAUUCAGAUAUUAUAGGGCUUGUGAUCAGUCAUACUGUUAUUGUUAUCUUUAUUUUUAUUAUUAUUAUUGUCUAUAAUUCUCCCAUUUACCAUUUAUUCAAUGUCUGUAGUUAACAUUUUACAAAAACUGAUCUCAUUUCUCAAUACAUUAAACUUUUUAAAAAAUUUUUAAAAACUCAUUUAAUAUGUAGCUGUAUCAGUAACAUUACCACAAGUAGUAUACAGCGAUGAUGGUGAAAAGUUUACAGCCAUCCAAUAUUUUUGACUACUAUAAUACUAGGUUGUGUCAGAUGCUGUAUCACGUUUGCGUAGAAAACAUUUUCUUAAAAAUACAGCUGAAAAAUACUUUUUUUUGUGCUUUUCAAAUUCAAUGGAAUCAUUGAAUUUGAUGAUUAGCUUUAACUACACAGUCUUUGAGAAUAUCAUUACAAACUAUACAUCUACUUUUUUUUAUUAUUAUUUAUGGACUUUAAUUUACACACUUCUUUGCUUAGCUUUAAAUGUCAGAAACUUGAACUUUCAUAUAUUUUUUACUCUUUAACAUAAAACAUUGGCAGUAUUACUAACUGGUGAUUUUGUUUUGCUUUAACUAUAUGAGAAAAAAUUUACUUGAUAUUCAAUAUACAGAAUCACUAAGAUAGCAAAGAAUUUUUAAUAUAAUUUUUGAGAUUAUUUGUCCCUAUUGAUUUUCUUACUGAUACAGUUUUAGAAUGACAUUCCUUUUGUUUUGUCAAACUCUCAAUUAGUUACCACGUGGACUCCUAUUUGAGACUCUUUACAAACCAAAUUUUAAAAUGGAAAAUCAGUAUUCUUCAUUUCUAAAAUAAUCUGCUUAUUUCCCUAGUUAUGGUAUUUCAUAUUUGUUUACAUUUAGGGAUAGAACAGCGAACAUUUGAAUAAAUUUAUGUCUUUUUCUCUUUGUUUGUAGGAUAGUAUUAGUGAAUUUUGAGUUUCUGCACUCCACCAUAAAAUGGAAAUUAUCAAAUAGUCUAAAAUAAGAUUGAAUGUGACAAGGUUUCAACUGUUGACCUUAACUUUGCACCUAUUCUCUCUCUAUAAUUAAAAAAAAAACAAACAAAUGUAGCAUUCUAUUUGCAUGCAUGGCUUAGAGCUACCAAUAUUUGGUAAACUUAGUUCAACAAAGCUUUAAUUCAUCACAUGUUCAUAUGUUGGCCUAGCACUGCUGCAUGCCUGUGAGAGAUGGUACUGCAAAAGGCAGUGAUUAAACCUAGGUAGAUGGUAUCUGUAAUGUGUGGUUUAAGAAAACCGAGUUGAUUUGAAUUUUACCUCUCUACUGUAUAAAGAACACACACAGCUAGCGAAAAUGGUUUCAGUUAACUUGUGCAACUCUUGGUUGGUCACAUUAUAUUACAGUAUAGCUUUAAUAAUUCUGGAGUACUUACUUUCUUUUCUAAUUUUCUACCACUCUGGAUUUACUUGCAGAAUUGAAAAUGAAUUCUUCAUUGGUUCAAAUACCUGGUGAUUUACUAAUUAAUUUCUCAUUUGUGUAUUACUAAUCACCUGCAUCUGCUCAGUUCAGUAUUAACAAAGCUUUUCACUAUUAUCUUCCAUUUCCAUAUGACCUUUCAGUAUUACAAUAUAUAAAAAUCACUCAAUUUUGUCAUCAUUACAUUCCUUUUCUUCACCCCAAUCUCCAUUAUAUUUUAGAGAACCACAGUUGUUGAAGUGUUGACAGUUCAUGUUUGGCCACUAGCACUGUACUGUCAAAGAUGCUGAACUUUUAAUGGUCUAAUCUACCUGACUAUUAAUUAAGUAUAACGGAUGUUACACUGCUGUAAACAUUAGGAAUACUAUGAUUAAUGAAUGGCAUUAGCAUGGAGUACCAAAGUUCAGAUUCCUUCAAGAGUUUUUGAAGUGGGAAAAAAAUCAUUAUAUUAUUUUAUUGGUAUGUUUACAAUGGGAAAACAUUAAAAAAAUGUUGUUGCAAACUUACAACAAAAGAACAGGAUAUAACUGCCACUUCUAUUUUUAAAUUGUGUGUAAUUGGACAAAAUACUUCCAAAGAUUUGUCUUCCUUCAUUUCCAGUAUUUAUACAUUAACAAUUUUAUGUAUUAAGUAUCCAUAAAGCUUGUAUGUCUUCCUUAGAAGUUUAGUCACUCAUCAAUCUUCUGACCUGUCAUUAGUGAUUAUUUAUUUAAAUUCUCCCAUAAAAUAACAAAAAAGUUAAUCCAUACAUGUUUUUUAAAAAAAAAAGGCUCAACUUUUCCAUAAUAUACAUACACAUUUGUGUAUAAGCUAAAAUCAAUGUAGUCAAAAACAUCAAACAGUGUCAACUGCAUUUUGGAUGUAGAUUCAUUUGUCUCAUACCAGCCUAUGAAAAGACAGAAAAUGAAUAAUAGACACACAUAUGUGCAUGUGUGUGUGUGUGUGUAUAUAUAAAAGAAGUCAAAAAUACCUGUAGCUAUGUAAGAAAAAAAAUCGUAAUUGUUCAGUGUUUCUUGAAGGGAAUUGGUUAAAUAUGGAAUAAUUUCCAUAAAGAGCAAUGAUUCCAAAAUAUACUUUAGUAGUUAUGAAGAUUUUUAAUCCAAAUUUUUACAAAAAGAUAUGAAAACUGUUUCCUUUAUUUUUUUGUCUUCCAUACACUUGUGUAUAUAUGUAUGUAUGCAUUUGUUUAUUUGAAGGAUCUCACAUUUGUUUUUUUUUUUCUUUAAUCAAUGGAAUUACUCAUUUUAAUUCCAUAGAAUUAACAUGGCACUGACAAAGCUGGGCUCUUAAAUCACAGGUAUUGUCCACCCUAAAGGCGUCUGUACAGUUUCUGUCUACUUAAUUUUUCUCAGGGCACUUAUUUCAAUUUAAGGCUAAUGUAGAAAUCACUGAAGGAGCCAACAGGGUGUUAACCCAGAUUCACAUAAUUGCAAAGUGAACUUCUUAACCACUCAGUCAUAUUCACACACACACACAUGCAUUUUGUAUUAGGGACACAAUCAGAUGUUUCUUCUUUUGGUUUCUCUUUGAUAUAAAUAGAAGAUAUUAUGGCUGAGAUAUAAAAUUAAAGGAACAUAUUUAGCUAUGGUUGUCUUUUAAAUUGUUUUGUAAAUACAUACAUAUAUAUAUAUAUAUAUAUAUAUAUAUAUUUGAAAUAUUUAUAAAGUUUGUUUAAAUCUAAAAUGGUCAGUUUAUUGUUGCGUUUUCCUCCUGAAACUUGUGCCAAAUUCAUAUUUUAAGAAGUUUGGUUGAAACUUGUUUGUUUUGACUAUAUGUGUGUUUUACACAAUAAAAAAUGUGGUGGAUGUUGUGGCUUGUCUCAUUGUUCUUUUGUCAUGUUAAAGACAACAAAACGGGGCCAUUGCUGAUUACGUCUUCUGGUUUUCCAAUUACAGUAU